UCCCAGACUGGAGGGACUGCUCAAAGAGCAGCACAAGAUCUUCAUGGAUGUUCCCUGGAUAAAACAUCACCUGAUUAAGGCAAAUGUCAAGACUGCCAAGUAUUAGCAGCCUGUCUCAUACUCCAGUGCGGUGCAAGAAGUGUACAGAUAUGGCUACAUCUGCUUCCUGCUACAAGGUGCUCAGUGCUUCUCCAGACUGGAUCACACCACACAAGUACUCGUCCCACACUCAGAGGUCAGCUCAUACUGGAGCAACCUCAGCUCCGAGUGCAGGUUCUGUGUGGCUGAAACCACUCAUUGUUUUCACCAAUUAUAAAAAUCAGCCAAAAGUUUCAAAGGACAGGAGGAAAAAACAAGCUGGGUGUCAGAAGUACCACUUCUGCUCUUCAGAAUGAGAUGCCAUCGCUGCUGUUGGAGGAAGCAGGAUUGUCUCUAGUGCCUGUACUAUGAUCAGCAUCAUCCAAUCUUUGGAGCCAAACCCGUAGCAGCUGUAGGAACAAAUCUAAAAAAGCUGAAAUUGGCACAAAGGAAAAAGUCCCAGAGGCUGAUUACAGUAAAGUGAUCAACAUGUGAACCAGUAAUCCUCAGAGCCCUUCUGAGGAAGGUGUUGGUGCAAGCUUUUCUCAAGAACACCAGAAGCUGGAAGCCAAAACACAACUCCUCCACUGAGUAUGGGCUUAAGAAAAAGCCAGUAGGAAGCCCAAAAAUGCAGCCAACCACAGGAGCAACAAAACAAGGGGCUGGAUGAACAAGGACAGGAACUUAAGGCACCCUCUUCUCCCAACAAGCUCAUGAGGAAAAAAACAGUUCUUGAACACUUAGACUGGACAUUAGGAAGAAUUUCUUCACCAUGAGAGUAGUGAGACACUGGAACAGGUUGCCCAGGGAGGUUGUGGCUGCCCCAUCCCUGGAGGUGUUCAAGCCCAGGUUGGAUGGGGCGUUGGGCAGCGUGAUUUAGUGGGAGGUGCCCUGCCCAUGGCAGGAGAGUUGAAACUAGAUGAUCUUUAAGGUCACUUACAACCCUAACUAUACCAUGAUACUAUGAUACUAACACAGCCCCAGCAAAGACAAGUAAAGUAGCACCCCAUCCCUCUUGAGGAAAGCUGUCUGAUGAGAAGCAAGCCCAUACAGGACCUAAAAGACAAUCUGAGACAGACAAAGCACUUAGAUAAACUUUAGGAAAGAAAAACUGUUAAGCUACUUUUAGCAAAAGUCAAUGUAACAAUCAUUUUAUGAAGAUGGCAAAGCGCAGAUGAUGUCUCUCAGUGACCUGACCUUCAGUUUUGCCUUGGUGACGUCGCCGGACUAGAAGGUCCUUCUAAGGGCCCCACCUGUGACAUCACACAGUGUCCAGUGCUGGGUGCCCACCUACCUGCCGCAGCAGAGCGCUGGGCAGUCACCAUGGUGCGUGGGCACACCACUAGCCCCGACAUAUGAUGCGCACCAGCACUGCCCCAUGCAUCUCCCUCCAGCACUCCCACCAUGGAUGAUGCUGUGCUCCUUGGAAAGAAAGGCUACAGACUGAAGAACACAUAUGGAAAAGGCUCUUAUGGCAAAGUGAAAUCUGCCUACUGCAACCGGCUGAAACGCCUAGUUGCCAUCAAGAUAAUCGACAAGAACAAAGCUCCUCAGGACUUCCUGAAAAAGUUUCUUCCCAGGGAACUUGAGGCUUUGACAUCUUUACAGCACCCCUCAAUCAUCAAAACCUAUGAGAUUUUUGAGACAUCAUCUGGGAAAGUGUACAUUGUCAUGGAGCUGGGGGAAAAGGGAGACCUCCUGGACUACAUCAGGACCCUGGGAGCUAUGGAAGAGGAUGUGGCUCGUGUCAAGUUUCAGCAGUUGGCUUCUGCUGUCAAGCAUUGCCACGACUUGGACUUUGCUCACAGGGACCUGAAAUGUGAAAACAUCAUUCUCGAUAAAGACCUCAACAUGAAGCUGUCCGACUUUGGCUUUUCCAAACGUUUGUCUCGAGAUGAAAAUGGAAGAACUAUUCUCAGCAACACCUUCUGCGGCUCUGCUGCAUACGCAGCCCCUGAAGUGCUACAGGGUGUGCCUUGUGACCCCAGGAUUUCUGACAUAUGGAGCCUGGGUGUCAUCCUGUACAUAAUGGUCUGUGCUUUAAUGCCGUUUGAUGAUUCCAACAUCAGGAAAAUGAUACAUUUUCAGAGACAGCACAAGCUGCCCUUCCCCGACACAAAGCACCUGACUGCAGAAUUCAAGGACCUCAUUUACCACAUGCUCCAGCCCGAUGUGACUCGGAGGAUGCAUAUAGACGAAGUUUUGAAACACCCAUGGUUGCAGACUCCAAAAUCCACAAUCCCUUCCCAUCUGCCAGCUGCAGAAGAGGGAGAGAGUUCCCAAAAGCUGCAGGAAGAAAGGCCUAAGGACAAGCAGCAAGCCAAAUCUCAUUCUGCAGAAGGGGAAGGAGAGAAGGAAACACGAUCCUCCGGUAAGAAUGGCUGGUUUUAACAACACAGUUGGUCUAACUUGUGAACGGCUGC